AUGGAGACUGUGUUCUUUGCUGUGUCGUUGAUUGUGCUUGCGGCAGUUCAAGGGCAACCUGGGAUGAAGGUGCGGUUUCAGCAGUCGGAUGUUGAGGUCGCUCUGCUGGGCCAGCUGAGAAUUGCAUGUGAAGUCAACAGAACACUGUUAGAUCUGGUCAACGACAUUGAAGUGGAGAUAAUUCGUCAGUCUCCCAAUAAUGAAACAGAGACCGUCAUAUCAAGAGGAGCUCGGAAACUCACAGCUGAGCCAAAUUACUACAACGUUAUGGUCAGUGAGAAUCCUGGCUUUGGAGUCAUAAUCAAUUUUGAGUUUCUCGAAGUAAGACGCCAUGAUGAGGGCAACUAUGUCUGCAGAAUAAAGCAAAACAGCAACGCUGUAGUUCUUGGUGAAGAUAGCAUGGCGAUUAUUGUUCUCAAACCAGUCGAGAAGCUGUACCUGAAGUUUGGCAAUUCUGGUCCUAUAUCAAGUAGUUGGGUGGACCCAGUUGUGGUAGAUGCUGGAACAUACCCAGUUGUAUGCACUGCAGAAGGUAGCAAUCCUCCGGCUACAGUCCGUUUAUACCUGGACGGCAAACACAUUCAGGAAGUAUCGACGAAGACGGACAAAAUGGAAUCUCAUCUGAAAGAAUUCAGAACUGUAGUGACAGGGGAGGUGUCCCUGGUAUUUUCAAAAUCAUCGGGAUCAGUUGAAUGUGUUGCUGAAGCUCAGCUUGGAGAUAAAAGAAGUGUUAAAUUACCAUUCAAGGCACAAGUGUAUGAUGCUGACAUUAUCUGUAAUGACACGGAAGCCUACCCAGGAGAGAAUAAUGUUGUCAUCGCCUGCAUCGUGGAUAACCAGGGUCUCAAAGUUAAAAGUGUUAGAUAUGAGCUGGCAGAUAAAGAAUCGCAACAAUCAGGACUGAAUAGUCUGGCCGCUGAAGACGUUAAUAUAGAGAGGCUAUCAGAAACUAAGAUAAGAGUGUAUCUGAGACUGCAAAGGGCUGAAGAUCAGUACUUCAAAUCUGAGUUCCGCUUGCUAGUGGAGCUUGAAGACGGACACGUAACUAGGCAGUCUGUUCGACUGUACAAAACUCCAGGAUAUGGCUCCGCCUCAGGAUCUGGAGGCAAUCCUAGCAGUAAAGUGCCAUCGUUAAUGCUGUUUUUCGCAUACAUUAUGUGGCUUUUAUAA